AUGGUCUCAAGGACUGCAGCGCUGCUGCUCUCCGGAAUCGCGCUUCUGCAAGUGCACGCGCAAACCAUUCCUAUCCCUGCGGAGCUCGUCGGCACAUGGAACAGCAAGGCGAACUCGACCAUGACCGGACCUGGUUUCUACGAUCCCGUCAACGAGAAGUUCACCGAGCCGGAACAUCCAGGAAUCAGCUACUCCUUCACCGCCGAUGGGUACUUCGAGGAGGCUUAUUAUCGGGCUGUUGCAAAUCCACAAGACCCCAAAUGCCCCAAGGGCAUAAUUCAAUGGCAACAUGGCAAAUUCGAGAAGCGUACAGACGGCUCCCUCAAACUCACUCCGAUCAAAGUCGACGGACGGCAAAUAUACUCCGAUCCGUGUGCCUACAAGAACUCCAUCUACACGCGGUAUAACCAGUCUUCGACGUUCAAGACCUACCAAGUCUUGGUGGACCCCUACCACAAGAUCCAGCGCCUCAACCUCUUCAAGUUCGACGGCGCCCCCGUAAUGCCCUUGUACCUCGCCAUGAACCCGCCAACCAUGCUGCCCACCACCACGCUCAACCCCCUCACGACGCAAACAGCGACCCCACAUAAAAUCAAGCGCGGUGAGCUGCCGUUGAACCACGAAGUCAUCUUCAAACGGACACCGGGUGAGUUGCGCGCCGCUCAGUGGUGGUGGUUCGGCGUCUUCCUUACGGCAAGUGGGGGUGCCUUGUAUUUCUUCUUCUGA